CCGUAACGCAUCUCUAAGAAAUGGGCGGUGUGAUUGGGAAUGUGCUGGCCAAGGUGAUGACAGUGAGCGUGAGCAGGAAGCCUGGAGGAGGCCCCCCGCCGCUGCUCAAGAACCCCAGCCGUGCCUCGUGCCUCAUCGCAGCCUUUGUGCAGGCGCUGGUCUUCCUCACGGCCAUCUCGGCCAACGUGCUGCAGUCGAUGCUCGACUGGUCCUGCAACCCAUGGACCACCUGCUACUUCCAGUUGAGCGCCGUUAUCUGCCUCCUCACGACGGUCUUCUAUGUCUUUUUGGCGUGUGUCGAUUACCGAAGCGACGAGAGGUGGUACUCUUACCUUGGCUGGAUGCUGUUGAUCACGUUGGUGAAGCUGGGGGGCAAGCGGCGGGGUGCUGGCUGAGCUACCUGAACUUCAUCCAUCGGGGUGAGGAGGGGACGAGUUACUACUUUUGCUAUCAUGACUUCAAGACGCUGUACUACUACACGCUGGCCAUGACGGCCUGCCAUGUGACGGCCAUGACCUAUGUGGUCUAUGUGGCCUUCUUUCGGAUCUUUGCCGGCAUUGUGGGGCAGUUCAAGAAGCUCAAAGGCAUCACUUAGAUGAGACACACAUGACACAGACAGACACAGGCUGACACGAUGUCCAUCGAUGUGUUGAGUAAUUGGGAGAUCCCUUCCCUCUCUGUCCAUCCAUAUCUCUCUCUGCGCAGUGUCCACCCAUCCAUUCACAGCAACACGCAUCUGCCAUCUGCCGCCACAUAAGCAAUAAUUAAACUAGCCAACGACCAACACACAACAGAUGAGCCGAGCAG